ACCCCUUCCUUUCCUCCCCCCACCAUCGUUCGGCUGCGACCCCUCGACGCGGCGGGCGACGGCCUUCGCCGAGAUGACCACCUCCCCGGCACCCGGACGCGAUCUCCCGUGACACCUCCCCUUGCCCGCCCGUACCCCUCUCUAGGCUCUGCUAGAGAGAGAUCUGGGCUCUCCUUGUUGGGGUUUCUGGUUACCAGACUGCACGCGCUCUUGCUCCAGUCGAAUCAUGGCAAGUGUUUGACUGUAUGGAUACGGAAGGUUUUGGGGCUUGGAUUGGUUUCGUACAAAAAGGUUAGAUACACCCCACGACCUCAACAUCUCCACCUUGCACCACGAGAAAGGAUGAAGAAUCGCAUCGUAGAUAAUCUAGUUGCCAUUGAGGGCGGCUCAAGGAAGCCAGGAACCGGAUACCUUGUUGUUUUGCACAGGAAAGGGAGGUUAGGGUUGGUUCAAGUUUUGGUUGGAGUGGUAGCAGUGGGAUUGGUGGUCAUCUGUCAGCCAGUGACUGGCAAAUUUUACCGCUGCUGCUGAUGGAAGUCUGGGUGCAACCGAUAGACAUGGUUUGUUUUGUGAGGGCAUCAUGUGGAGUUUUGCAUCAAAAGCCAUAGCUGGAAGCUUAAACAAAAAGGUGCAGCCCUCAAGAUGCAGCAUAUCCAAUCCUGAUUGUUCUGAUGAUGAAGUUUCUUCAUGUACAAGCAGAGAGGAAGGCCUUGAUUGUCCAAUAUGCUGGGAAUCUUUCAACCUUGUGGAGAAUGUCCCCUAUGUCUUAUGGUGUGGCCACACAAUGUGCAAGAAUUGUAUCUUUGGUCUUCAUUGGGCUGUUGUCAAGUUCCCGACCCUUCCUAUCCAGCUACCACUCUUUAUCUCAUGCCCUUGGUGCAACCAGUUGUCGUUCCGGCUGGUUUACAAGGGCAACCUCAAGUUCCCGCGGAAGAACUACUUUCUACUCUGGAUGGUUGAGAGCAUGAACGGUGAGAGAGCAAAGUUCCAUUCCACUAGUCACGACGAGCGUCAUUCCUCAUGGCCUUCCAGUGGUGGCCCAAGUUCCAGGCAUCACCAACAAAGAAAUGCUGUUGGACGACCAGAGAGCUCUUUGGCCAGAGAAACAAGUGUUGCUCGCAACUUUUUCCACACUGACAACAUCAGCGCGACUCUCCAAAAGCUUAUGGUGUGUUUCAUUCAGUUGACCGCCAAGUUUCCGCUUGUGAUAAUCUUCCUUCUCAUAGUUCUUUAUGCUAUCCCUGCAAGCGCUGCUGUUCUGGUCCUGUAUGUCCUUGUGACACUUUUGUUUGCAUUACCGUCAUUUUUGAUCCUCUACUUUGCUUAUCCCACUUUAGAUUGGCUUGUCAGAGAGAUCUUUGCUUAAUUCGUGGUAUCUGAAAUAUGCAUUAUAGCUCCCCGACACAGAACUUCCCUAUGUAUUUCAUGGCACCUCUAGGUCUCAUCGGCCCUGUACAGUUUUCCGUUAAUUUCCUGUUACUUCUGUCCUGGCCUUCUGGGACAGUAAUUCUGUUUGAAGUCUCAGUUUAUUGAAAUGCUCAUGAAUGACUCAGCAUCC